ACAAAAAAUGCUAAUGUCAAAAGCUGACAAACAUAUUUUUCUAGAAGAAAAAUAAUUUUAUGAUAUUUUAUUCAAUUGUGUACGAAAAUAAUAUUUCGUAAACUUUUACGAGUUUGCUUGAAGUGAAUAAUGAUAUAUUUGACAAAAUAGACAUAAACGAAGUGUGAAUAUAGCUAGAAAAAUGAGUAAACAUACGUAUACCACAGCGAACCUCACCGAUAAAGAGCUGAAGGAACAGGGAAACAGAUUGUUCAGCCUAAGGCGCUUUGAGGAUGCUAUGAACUGCUAUACAAAGGCUAUUAUAAAAAACCCUUCAGUAGCAACAUACUUCACAAACCGUGCACUAUGCCACCUGAAGAUGAAAAAAUGGGAGGCAACAUGCCAGGACUGCCGUAGAGCUCUGGACAUAGACAAUAAUCAAGUCAAAGGCCAUUUCUUUUUGGGACAAGCAUUAGUUGAACUGGAUUGUUACGAUGAAGCUAUUAAACAUCUGCAUAGAGCAAAUGACUUGGCGCGUGAACAGAAGUUAAACUUCGGCGAUGACAUCGCCGCACAAAUCCGUAUUGCGAGGAAAAAGCGAUGGAACGUACAAGAAGAGAAGAGAAUAGCGCAGGAGAUCGAACUGCAGUCUUAUUUGAAUAGGUUAAUAAAUGAGGAUAUGCAGCGAAGAAUAGAAGCAUUAAAAUUAGAAGCUAAUAACAAGGACGAUGUUAGUAGUAAGGCGUCGAAAAUAGAGGAUGAAUGUGUAACAUGGCUCUCCCACAGUUUAAAUUAUUUCACUGAGUACAAUGUAAUAGCCUCGUUAUAUUGUUUUUAUCAUCAGAAACGUGACGUGCCGGACUAUUUGUGCGGCAAGAUCAGUUUUGAGAUACUGAACGAGCCGGUGAUCACGCCCAGCGGUAUUACUUAUGAGAAGAAAGACAUCGAGGAGCAUUUGGAGCGCGUCGGUCACUUCGAUCCGGUGACUCGUGUGAAGUUGACAGCGGAUCAGUUAAUUCCUAACUUCACGAUGAAGGAGGUUGUGGACGCGUUCUUGCAGGAGAACGAGUGGGCGCUCGACUACUGAGUACUGAGUAUUGAGUGCUGAGCAUUGAGCUCAUCUCUUAUGUACUCGUGUCGUUGUCUAGGUAGAUAUGUCUGUAUGUGUGUUGUUAUGUCCAUGUGUUGCAGUAAUAUGCCGGCUAAUGUAAUGACGUUUGGAUAAAAGACAGGAACCCUGUUUGGGCUCUUUGCAAUUUGCAUGUAAACCAAUUUUUACAAUUUGCGUAACUAGUAGACAUGCAUUGUUUCCAUUUUUUCUGGUAGAUGCUGACUGAACUCAUUUUACUUAAAAACCUAAAUAUUACAUGUUACAAUGAUAGUUGUUACGUCAGUCAGUCAGUGAGUACAAAUUGCAUUAGUUGGGGUAUUACUGCUUACAAAUGCGUCCGGCUCGAUUCACGGGCUCGUUUCAUGUUAGUCCGUCUAGUUUCGAACUAGACCAGAGUCCUAAACCAUAAACUUUUGGCUCAGCUCGUCCGAGAAUACGGUGUUAAAUUACAUUUAUUAUAUGAAGGUUCAAAGUCAACAUAGGUCCUUGGGAUAGUUCGUAGUGGCGAAUUGGACUGUAUGCCUUUGGUAAUGAAAUUGUUUCUUGAUUGACCGAUGAUCCGUGAUGACUUUCAGCCUGAAUUACACGAUGCAAAAUGAAAACUUUAUGUAAAAAUGUAAUUGCAAGCAAUAGACACACCUAUGAAUAAAUAUAGUGCAUUAGAAAGUUAAGCUCUGUAUGAUUGGAUUAAUAAUAAUAAUAUAAUGUAUGGAGGAUAGCCGAUUUAUUGUGGCCAAAGUUGGCUUGUUUAGCCUUAAAUAUACUGUACUUGGUCACUAAAUACUACGACAGUACAAGUUCUCCUUUAGAACUUGCCUAAUGAUAAACAGACGAACAUACAUAGUCCAAAAUCGCUAGAAGAAAUAUAAUAAUUUCACAUGAAUAUAAGAAAAUGAGCUUGCUAACAACACUAUUCAUAGAUUUUCUACUGUAAUCCUUAGGAAUAAAGUUUAGUUUUCCUUGUCUAUGUAUUAAUUUAGUAUCUUAGAGUGGCUUGUUGUAGACUUUUAGCUCAAUUUCCCAU